AAGGGAAUCUCCUCUCUUUGCAGGCUCUAUCACCAUGUGAAUUGGAACCUUUUCACCUUGAUCUAUUGGUGCACGGAGUUGCGUGAAUAGACUUUAUUUCCUCUAACAAGGAGGAGCCAAUUAUUUGAACUGCACACUUUUCUUGACUGCCGGACAUUGACUUUUGAAAUCAUGUCCUGUUAGCGAACUUUCAAAAAUUCAAAUGAAGAUGUAUAUUUUAUUGUGCAAUUUGAUGGUUUUGCUUGUUCUGUCUGUGAACAAAUUAGCGCGGACCGAAACUCAGUAUGAAGCAUCACCAUAUACUCCCCUCAGCGGCACAAACAAACCUCGGACAAGAGUAAUAAGCACAAAAUACGGAGAUUUGAGAGGGUUUAUUACAUACUUACCCAACUUGCAAUCCGUGGAUGUAUUCCUAGGUAUCCCGUACGCAAGUCCCCCAAUCUCUGCUUUGCGGUUUAUGCCGCCCGUCACCCCAUCCCACUGGAAGGGUGUCCGGUCUGCCGAUAAAUUCAGCCCAGUUUGCCCGCAGAAGCCACCCGACAUCAGAAAUGAAACCGAAGCAUUAAAGAAGAUGCCCCCCGGCCGAGUUGAGACGCUCAAGAGAUUACUACCAUACCUCCAGAACCAGAGUGAGGAUUGCUUGUAUUUGAACAUCUACGUCCCUUCCAAAGGAUUAUUUUCAAAGAAAGGAAUCCGAAGAAAGGUUUGAAAGUUUGAAGUUUUACUUUGGACUUUACAUUCUCACUGAUUAAUUCAAACAACAGGGAAUAUAUUUUCGCAUGGAAUGCAUUCGUAUUUUGUUACAAACCACUAUUAAAAGAAGAGUUUAACUGUUGUUGAAUUUCUAUCGUGUUUUUGAUUUUCCCAGUGCAAGUUAAAUUAAUGGAUGUAGAUUCACUUCCUGUUAAAAUAUAUGAAUUCAAGAUGUAACAAACAGUAUUAAGAAGAAAAAAGGCUGAUUAAAAUUUGUAAAUAUACGAGAAGAGGUUAUGUAAAAUAAUACUUCAGUGUUUCCUCAAGAUAUUCAAGUUGAAAUAUUCAUUUGGAGCUAGAAGAGGUAAUGUAACUACUUUUAUAACAAUAUCACUCAUGUAAACCUGGCGAAUAUUAGAAGAGUUCAACAGAACUAUUAUGUUUUCUUGUCAGCAUUCUAAUGUAAAAUCCUUCGUAAAUGAAUUUUAAUCUUUUUUAGCACUGUCAUUAAAAUAA